CUCCUAUUCAACACCUUCAGUGUGCUAUACCUUCCUAACAACCAUGACAGUCUCGCUCUCUGAGCCUCCUUCCCAGGACCACCAGCUCUUCAUAUCCAGGGACCUUAGACCGCCGAACUUUGCCGCGUACAAGCCGCCCAGGGAGAUCAAGGGCGGUCACCGAGCCAGCGUGCGGUGUCUUGGCUGGAACACAGAUGGCAGGAGACUGGCCUCGGCAGGCGUGGACAAGGUGGUGAGAGUCUGGACGCCCGAGCGAUCACUAGAGCUUCGCUCUUCCAUAGAGCUCAAGGGGCAUACCGAGACUGUGGACGCUCUUGCUUGGGACCCUACCCAUCCAGAGAGACUUGCGACUGCUGGACAAGACUCGACAGUGAGGUUGUGGGAUAUUCGCAGCGGAACGGCCACCUUCACCACACAGACCCCAGGGACGAACAUCAACCUCACCUUCCAUCCCAAGGGACACCUCAUAGCAGUCGGAAACAGAGACGACGACAUCUCCCUUAUUGAUGUACGGGCCGGAGGGAAGCUCCUGGGGACUAUCAAGCCUUCUCCGCCGGACUCAAAGGAAGAGAUCAAUGAGAUCACCUGGAGUAAUUCGGGCUCCAUCUUCAUCGCUACAACUGGAACAGGCUGUGUGAGAGUCAUGGACUCCCGGUCAAGCAAUGAUGUCAGUCCUCCAAAAGUCGCAAGUGAAAGCGCAAGUGCUCUAGCGCAAGAAGCCGCUUCAAAGGCUGCCGUAGAGGAGUCAGCGACACGCAAGACAGAGGGAGCAAGUGCGAUGGACGUGGAUGAGGAGAAGAAGGUCGAUGCAACACCAGCUGCUCCCACAGCGGUGACGCCCGCAAUGGCGGCGAGACAGAGCUUGACACAGACUGUCCCGUGGGAGUCAGUAUAUACGCUACUCGCACAUACGGCAACGAUCUUCUGCGCCCAAUUUGACCCCCUUGGAAGAUAUCUAGCAACGGCUAGCGCAGACUCUACCGUUGGCUGCUGGUCCAUUCCAGAAUUCGAAUCGGUGUGGAUGGCAGGUCAAAACCUCAACUAUCCUCCCCGCGCCCUGUCCUUCUCCCACGAUGGUGAAUUCCUUGCAGCGGGUGGGGAAGAUCCCUUCAUCUGGAUUGGAUCAACGGUCAAUGGGGCCACGCUCCACAAGUUACCCGUGACGGGGACGACGAAUACCCUGGCGUGGAACCCGGCAAAGAACUUGUUGGCUUACGCUGGGGAGGAGAAGGCGGGACAUGAGGGCACAAUUAGGAUCUGGGGCCUGUGA